AUGGCGGCGACGGCGCCGCGUGUCCUUCUCGCCAGCUGGUUCGCGGUGGCUGCCGUCACGGCGUUGGCGGCGGGCGUGGACGCGCUCGGGGUGAACUGGGGCACCAUGUCCACGCGCGGGCUCCCGCCCAAGGUGAUGGCGCGCCUGCUCACGGACAACGGCUUCCGGAAGGUGAAGAUCUUCGACGCCGACGAGCGGACCAUGAAGGCCCUCGCCGGGACGGGCAUCGAGACCAUGGUCGCCGUGCCCAACGACAUGCUCGCCGCCGUCGCCGACUACGACCGGGCCCGGCAGUGGGUCAAGGACAACGUCACCAAGUACGCUUUCGACGGCGGCGUCAACAUCAAGUUCGUGGCCGUCGGCAACGAGCCGUUCCUCAAGGCGUACAACGGCUCGUUCGACCACGUGACGGUCCCGGCGCUCAAGAACAUCCAGCGCGCGCUGGACGAGGCCGGGCACGGGGCGGCGGUCAAGGCGACGGUCCCCGUGAACGCGGACGUGUACGACUCGCCGGCGAGCGACCCGGUGCCGUCGGCGGGGAGGUUCCGCGGCGACGUGGCGGGGCUCAUGACAGACAUGGUCCGCUUCCUCAACCGCAGCGGCGCGCCGCUCACCGUCAACAUCUACCCGUUCCUCAGCCUGUACGGCAACGCCGACUUCCCGCUGGACUACGCCUUCUUCGACGGCGGCGGCGCGGCGAAGCCGGUGGUCGACGGCCGGGUCACCUACACCAACGUGUUCGAUGCCAAUUUCGACACGCUGGUGUCGGCGUUGAGGAGGGUCGGCUUCGGCCGCCUCCCGGUCAUGAUCGGCGAGGUCGGCUGGCCGACGGACGGCGACAGGCACGCCACGGCGGCGCUCGCGGAGCGCUUCUACGCGGGGCUCCUCAAGCGCCUCGCGGCGAGGCGAGGCACGCCGCUCCGGCCCGGCGCGCGCAUCGAGGUGUACCUGUUCGGGCUCAUCGACGAGGACGCCAAGAGCGUGGCGCCGGGCAACUUCGAGCGCCACUGGGGCAUCUUCACCUUCGACGGGCGGCCAAAAUUCCCGCUGGACCUGCGCGGCGACGGGCGGCCGACGAUGCCCGUCCCGGCCAGAGGCGUCGAGUACCUGCCCCGGCGGUGGUGCGUGCUGAACCCCAUCAGCGCCGGGGACGCCAUGGACAGCCGGCUUGCGGACAACGUGGGGUACGCGUGCUCCCGCGCCGACUGCACGGCGCUAGGCUACGGCUGCAGCUGCGGCGCGCUGGACGCGCGCGGGAACGCGUCGUACGCGUUCAACGCCUACUACCAGGCGCAGGGGCAGGUGGAGUCGGCGUGCGACUUCCAGGGGCUCGCCGUCGUCGUCGACGAGGACGCGUCGCAGGGCGCCUGCAACUUCAGCGUGCAGCUCGUUGGGUCAGGGGCGCCGGUGGCCGCCGCGGUCACCACGGUGGCGGCCGUACUGGUGCCUCUGUUUCUUGUGUUGCUUUGA